CUCUCUCUCUCUCUCUCUCGAUUAACGAUCCGAUCGUUUUCGAGAUUUCGGCUCAAGUCGUCUCGCCCGCGCGCGCUCUCGCUUCGCUCGCGAGUCGGUCACUGUCUCGAACGUGAAACGACCGCUGUCUUUCCUUCUUCCUUCCCACCACGGGCGAAAGGCGAAGGCAGGCAGCGACGGGCAAAAGCAAAAGUCAACGUACGUACGUACGCUCAGUUCCGCUCCGGGACGGCGAAGGUACUACCGACGGCGUGGCAUCGAAAGGAGUCAGUUUCCGCGUGGUCUUCGGCGCGUCAGUCACGCCAGGUGCUAUUUUGCCCGCCGCUACCUGCUCGCCGCGCGUGUCCAUCCUUGCGAGAAUAAACACGGGCGCAAGGUGCAAGGUGUGACGUAUUAUAAACGAGAAAGGGGGGAGAAAGAGAUGCGGCCGCUGUUCCGCAAUGUUCCGCGCGGCCAAGUCGCGGUACUCUCGCUGGUGUUGUUAUUAAUGCAAAGCUGCGGAGCAUCGCCGACGGAGCCGAACGUGACUAGCACUAUCGCGGAGGAUGACGGGGAGGAACUACUGGCAAACAUGAACCUGACGUUAUUCAAGGAGAGAUUCCGAAGAUUGAUACCCUACAUGACUUUUUACGUCGCCAACAACUACGUGAACGGGCAGCCAGCGCUGGCGCAAAAUUAUGCGAAGGAGCUCUCGGGAAGUCUGCUCCGAAAAAGCCCGCAGCAACAGCAACAGCAACAGCAGCUGCAACUGCAACAGCAGUUGCUCCGGCUAGCCGGCUUCCCGAGGAGAAGCGGCGGUAACAAGUAUCACGUCGGUCUACCUAGCCAGGAGACAAAGUUCGUCCCGUCCGUGCAAUUCGACCCGAGGAACAUCGGCGGCGAUAACGACUACUUCGCGCCGGUCAAGUACAACGCUAAGAUCAACUACGCGGACUAUUCCACCCCGGCCUAUCAGCAGGUCUACCAGAUCCAAAAGACCUACCCUGAGAUCACCACGCCUGCACGAGGCCAGAUCCUGCACAAGGAGAAUCGAUACUACAGCACCGCGAGACCGCUACGACCGCCCGCGAGAGAGCACUUGCUGAAGAACCCAGUGGCGUACGGCGGCCCGCAGGACGAUUACGAUCAGGAUUACGCAACGCGGCCGGGCGUUGUCCUACUUAAUUAUCCGAAUAACGAAUUCGAGGGACUGAGAUACAUCCCGUCGGCGGUGCAACAACCGGUGCUGCUGAAGCAGCAAUACGAGACGGCCGAGAGAAAGCCGUCGCUCAUCUCGCCGGUUUACCGAAAGCCGAGCGUCAAUCUGAACAAUCUAAUCGAGAGCUUCCAAUUGUCCGAACGACUGCCGGAGAGGCUGAACAAAGACAACAUUGACCAGAGCAUAAAGGCGCUCGUGGAGAUCCUCAAUAUCCUGCACAAUUCGCGAAAAGAGGACUUUCCGCAGUCGCAAGGGCCGCUGCCGUCGCCGUCGCCGUCGCCGUCGCCGUCGCCGUCGCCGCCACCCUUGCCACCCCGAUUGAACAGCUACGACAACCACAAACCGAAGACGUAUACGCGGCCGAAAGUCAUCACGGAGACGAAGUUUCAAGUGACACCGAACCCCCUGUACAUUACCGACGACCCCGAACGAUACAAGACGAUCGACUACGUUGACAACGUGCCGAUCAAGACGCAACCGGUACUGCCAGAUUACAAUCAUGUGAAGGAUGAGAAGGUGGAAUACUACGUUCCGUAUGUUCAGGAUAUCUCGAACGACGCGAAGCAAAGUUUCAGGCCAACCGUAAAACCCGAUGCACCUAGCGAACAUUCCUAUGAGAUCACGGAGGACUUUAACGACGACGCCUCGCAGGACGAACAAUACACCUUGCCGAUCUCUACCGAGACGUCUACGAGCAAGGGCUACGUGACGCCCAACGAAAUAACACAUCCGGAAACGAAAAUGCCGAAAACGUCGGCUAAAUAUGGCGCGACACGCGGAAAACCCCACGUUGACUACCCGGCGUACGCGACCAUACCGGAAACUUCCUUUAGCUGUAAAGAGCAAAGGUACAAAGGAUUCUUCGGCGACCCCGCGACCAGAUGUCAAGUGUGGCACUAUUGCGAUUUAAACGGCGGCAAGUCAUCAUUCUUGUGCCCGAAUGGUACGAUAUUCAGUCAGGUGGCAUUGACCUGCGACUGGUGGUUCAACGUAAAAUGCGAAACGACCACUCAACUGUACGUGCUGAAUGAACGACUGUACAAGUACAUUUUGCCAAUUAUGCCCAAGUUCCCGGAGGAUUUCACCGGUCCGGAAGUGGAUCGAUAUCUAGAGCUCAAGUUCAAAGAGAUGGAGGCGAAACUGAAGGAGAAGAAGUUGAAGAAGCAACAAGAGGAGAAAAAUAAACACAAGGGGAAGCCGCAAACGAAGAACAACGACGAUGACGAUGACGAUGACGAUGACGACGAUGACGACAAGUAGACACGUAGUAGACAUGUAGUGUUAUAUGUUAAAUAACUUAGUCUUUAUAUAUGACACAUGUAUGUGUCUCGUUGCCAUUACGAUAUACGAACAACAAAAACCCAUUGUGGAUUGCGAGACAGUCUCGCAAUCCCGAAAAAGUGCAAUAUGUGUAUGAUGGAGUUAAAUGUGAUUUAACAAUAGAAAGGAUCGCGCGUAAAAAGUAAGUUAGACUAUCGCGAUCAUUUUGUACGGGUAUGAAAUGGCUGAUGAUAUAUUAGAUGAUAUAUUAGAUAUUUUUUGUACUCCCCUCUAGUCAUAUGCGUAUUGUGUACUAUUUAUGACCCGAAAGUGCUCGUCUGUUUGGCGGAGCGCUAUCUCUUUCGACCUACGUCCGACGAACCACUUAGUACUGUGUAUUAUUGCAGUUAUACAACGUCGGGUUGCAUAACUUUCGUAUCUCAACGAAAAAUAGUAACAGUUGAAGUACGCGCGAUGCGCGCCGAGAAUAUGACUAAUAUCUUCGCGUAUAUAUCGUCCAUAAAAAAAGAGAAAAAAAAAAUAUAUAUAUAUAUAUCGAAUAGAUUUCGCCAUUUGUUUAUAAAUAUAUUAAUACAUAUGUAUAUGUAACCACACAUUUUCU